UUGGGAUGCUUUAGACCCGUAUCCGGAGGGCUUCAAGAUUUGGGUCCAAUUUCUCCACCUCUUCUUGCUGUUCCUUCCGUCUUCCAUUCUCCUCCACCUUCCUCCUUGCCACUAAGUUCAUCUUCCCGUCUUAGAAUGACGACUGACAUGAACCCGCCGCCGCCCCGGAACCCUAAAACCGCCGCGGUUGUAACCCAGGAACCUCAUGCUUCAAACUUAGAUGAAGUUUCGACCUCAAACUCUACUCAAACUUCAAUGAAACCCCCACUUCUAAGCAAUUCGGAUUCAGAUUCGGAUUCAUCCAAACAAUUCGAUCAACAGAAGUCCCAAUCACAACCUUUUAUUUCUCAAAGUGAUUCAGAACCUACUAGUGAUUCAGAACCUACUAGUGUCAAUGCCCAAAAAGACUCCAACUUGAGUUUAAUGAAACCUCCACCUCCAAAAUUCCUUAGCAAGUCGAACUCGGAUAAAAUUGGUGCUGAACAUGAACAAAGUGCCAAUUCUCAAGAUGACUCCAGCUCUGUGUCCCGAAGUAACGACACCAAUGAAGACAAAAAGCAAGAACAACGAUCAGCUGCUUCGGUUCCGUACACGAUUCCGACCUGGAGUGGGCGUCCGUGUCAUCGGUUUUAUCUUGAAGUGCUUAAAGAUGGAUCGAUCAUUGAUAAAUUUGAUGUGCACAAGAAGGGGGCGUACAUGUUUGGGCGUGUUGAUCUUUGUGAUUUUGUUCUUGAACACCCGACCAUCUCUCGCUUUCACGCUGUUUUACAGUUCAAGGGAAACGGCAAUGCUUAUGUUUAUGACCUUGGUAGUACACACGGGACAUUUGUUAAUAAAAAAGAGGUGACAAAGAGAGUUUUUGUGGAUCUCCAUGUUGGUGAUGUCCUUCGAUUUGGACAAUCAUCACGAUUAUACAUAUUUCAAGGACCAACUGACUUGAUGCCACCGGAAGCUGACCUGAAGAGGGUAAGACAAGCGAAGAUCCGGGAAGAGAUGCAUGACAUGGAAUCAUCACUUCUCCGUGCAAAACUGGAAGCAUCUCGUGCAGAUGGGAUCUCAUGGGGAAUGCGUGAUGAUGCUAUUGAGGAGAACGAGGAUGAAGUUGACGAAAUAACUUGGCAAACUUACAAGGGACAGCUUACAGAGAAGCAGGAAAAAACACGUGAAAAAGUUGUGAAAAGACUUGAAAAGAUUGCUCAUAUGAAAAAAGAGAUAGAUGCUAUUCGGGCCAAGGAUAUUUCUCAAGGUGGAUUGACACAGGGACAACAAACUCAAAUUGCUCGUAAUGAACAGAGGAUAUCACAGAUAGUGGAAGAGCUUGAAAACUUGGAAGAGACUUUAAAUGAGAGUAUACGGGAAAGUCUUGGUGCACGCACUGGAAGGACAUCCAAUGGAAAGAAAAAGGAGCCUGAAGAAGAGGAGUUUUCAAGUGAGGAGGAUGAAUUCUAUGAUCGCACACAGAAGCCUUCAAAGAGAAAAGUUGGCGAAAAUCAAUCAAUUGAGACAGCUGAUUCUCUUCUUGAUAAGAAGGAUGCCAUUGUCAGGGAAAUGGAAGACAAGAGAAAAUUAUUUCUUGAUGAAAAGGAUGGUACAGGUCAGGAAAGUGCAGUUGAAGCUGGAGAUGAACUAGAUGCUUACAUGUCUGGCCUUUCAUCUCAGCUAGCUCUGGAGAAGGAGGAAAAGCUUCACAAGGAACUCGCUACUCUCCAGACGGAGUUGGACAGGGUACUUUACUUGCUUAAGAUUGCUGAUCCUACUGGUGAGGCUGCUAAAAAGAGGGAGCUGAAAGUACAAGAACCAAAGACCAAUAUGACCAAAACUGUUGCAACUGCUGCCCGUCAGCAGCCUCCACCCGAGCAGAACAAAAAAGAUAGAGCAGAACCUAAGGUUUUAAUGGAGAAACAGGAUACUAUUGAUGCGAACUCUUCAUUCAGUCAAGAAACAAAGAAGGAGAUUGUGGCUGAUGCAGCUGGUGGUAAAAAUGUUGUGUACAUUGCUAGUAAGCCCCAAUGGCUUGGUGCUGUAGAUGAAAAGAAAAAACAAGAGAAAGUUAUUGAACGACAGACAGAACUGCAAGACAAUGAUCAAUUUGUUGACUACAAAGACAGGAAUAAAGUUUUGGUAAAACCAGAUGCUACACAGUUGACUGCUGACUCUGGAAUUGAAAGUGCAGCUCCUGGACUAAUAAUAAGGAAGCGCAAGCAAGUUGAGAAGUCUGAUGUUACUGAAGUCAAACAUUCUCAAGAAUCCACUGGAGCUGAUUUACAAGCAGAAGAUGCGGUAGCUCUGCUGUUGAAACAUUCUCAAAGAUACCAUAGUACUGAUGAUGAAGUGGAAUCCAGCGGAGGUGAUGUAUCACAUGAAAGUCAAACGAGGAAGGAAAAGAAAAAAAAGCAAAAGAAGGUUCUUGGUCCAGACAGACCAUCAUUUCUGAAGAGUGAGAAGGAUUACAAUUCUUGGGUUCCUCCUGAAGGGCAAUCAGGUGACGGACGCACCUCACUGAAUGAUCGUCUUGGUUACUGAAUGGUAGAGAUUUUGAUCGUUUGACACAUAACUAACUAUGGGAUGGGGUAGCUCGGCUUACAGAUUGCUGAUGGAUCAUGUAACUAAAUAGCAUUUACAGCUUGGUUUGAGAUCUCAUCUUGCGAAAAUCCUUCACAGGGACAUCUGAGCGAGAACAUUUGUUGUUUGAAGAGAAGAAAAGAAAUAGAAAACGUGAAGAUACAAGAGCUGGAUUAUGAUCCCAUUCUCCCACUCUUGCUCCUGUACCUUCUGUUAACAAGAACCUGACACCUUCCUGAUUGAAUUGUAUAUAGAGAUUGACUCGGAAAGGAUAGAGAUAAUGAGAAAAUGUGCUUGUAAUGCAAUGCUUUGUGCCCGCUCCAAAAAAGCUCAUAAGUGAUUUUGUGUAGCAUGAUACAAGUCGAUUUUAUUUUUGUAUAAUGUGUUCGACAACCAAUUAAUCAAGAUUUUCAAUGCACGAAGG